AUGGCGGGUCUCCUACAGUAUUCGACGACAUGUCGAGGAAGUGAGGAAGGUUUUCACUCAGGAUCCGACGAAGCGAUUGACAAUAUCGCCUACCAACUGUACUCACAGUUUCGACUGGACGAGAAUCACAUCGAGCAGCACAAGUGCGCCUCGGACAGCGGCGCUUCCAGCGGAGAGCUCGAACACAUGCUCGGGAUGAAGGAAGAGUCAACCGGGUGCCAAGGUCAACUACCUGGUGCAUGGUUCUAUGAGAUGGGUGACGACGCGUCUGCUUCACCCACAUUUGAUUUGGAUGAAAUGGGACCAUUUCGUGGAAUGCUUGGCUCAAGAAAUUGUUCGGAAAGUGUUGAAGUGCCCAGCAGUGAACAUGUGGCGGAAAUUGUUGGCAGACAAGGAUGUAAAAUCAAGGCUCUCCGAGCAAAAACUAACACCUAUAUUAAAACGCCGAUUCGAGGAGAAGACCCGGUGUUCGUCGUCACAGGAAAGGCUGAAGAUGUGCUCGAAGCAAAAAGAGAAAUCGAAUGUGCAGCUGAGCACUUCACUCAAAUUCGUGCCAGUCGACGUCACUCACAUGGUGGAGCGCCUGCACCUGGUCAUGUCACUUUAUACGUUCGUGUACCUCUUCGAGUUGUUGGGCUUGUGGUGGGACCAAAAGGAGCAACGAUUAAAAGGAUCCAGCAGGAUACCCAUACCUAUAUUAUCACACCAAGUCGUGAACGAGAACCAAUAUUUGAGGUUACUGGAUUACCGCAGAACGUGGAGGCAGCUCGUAAGGAAAUCGAACAACACAUCUAUCAACGUACUGGUAAUAUGCCAAUGACCGAUCCUGAGGCCUCAAUUUCGCAGUACUCAAACUUGCAGAAUAAUCUAUCUCUGGCUGCGUCAGCCUCAGCGGCAGCUCGCUCGGCAUACGGCAGCUUAGCGCAACCCGCACUUCGACGUCCAAUUGGAAACGAAAAUUUACCUGAGUACUCUAGAGUUUUAGACAGGAAUGGAUACAACGGUCUCAACGGAUUGCUUCGUGGCUAUCCUCAACCAACAAAACCUUCUUCGUAUUCUGCCGGCGGUUCUCCUCCAGCUGUUUCACCAUCAUUUUUCGGAUCGUCCUCUUCAAGCACGACAUCAAAUGCCUUUCAACCGUGGUCAAACAAUCUGUAUACAGGACUUGGACUUAGCGAAGCUUCAGAUCUGUUCUCUACUCGUUCUUCCGUGCUAUCUGGUGCAUCGCUGUGGUCCUCUGGCUUUGGGUCAAUCUCUUGUGGUCAACAGAUCCCUUCAAACCAACGUGAUGAAGGUCUCGGAGACUCACCGCCUAAUAACAUUUCCUCCACCACAUACAACCUGAUGUCGUCGAUUUGGGCGGAUAUUGACACGCCUCGUGAGCCGGAGUCAAAAGGUGUAGCGAUGUUGACUGUCUAG